CGCAGGAGAGCAGGAGACGCCGCUGCCGCCACAGAGACCGCACUCUAUCUGGCAACCAUGACAACCGAGGCAAGCGCACAGCAAGCCCGAGCUCUCUUCCAGCUCCAGUGAGGGGGCUAUGAACCUCGACGUCAGGUGGGGAGAAGGACGAAAACCGGGACGCACGGCAGGAAAAAAAACAUCUGACAGCAACCUCCUCAGCGAAGAAGGAUACUUCUCCAUUCCUCUCCCUUUUAACCCAGAGGAUUGCUGGAGGAUCUUUUUCCUUUCUUCUAUUCUUUUCUUUUAUAUCUGUUUCUUUUUUCAUUCUUCUCCUUGCCUCUGUGGUGGUGGAGAGGCGUGAAUGGCGCUGUGUCCACUGCUGACUGGAAGAGUGUGCUCCCCUCCUUGUAGGGGAGAGCUACGGAGAGCUUUUCCCAGGAGUCCUCCAACCUUGACACAGCAAUGGAGUCCCUGAGGUGGGCUUGAACCCCCCCCACCCCACCCCAUGUUCCCUUUCUGGAACAAACAAGCAGAACUACUGCUGCCAGAGUGGAGAACCAUCCUCAUCCUCCUCCAACUGGGUGAGGAGCCGAAGAGACGGAACUAUGUAAAGUAAACGGUACUGGCUUCCUGCGAUCCCUCGUAUGCUGGUGCCGCUCAGUCCCCAUGAACCCCAUGGCGCAGCUGUACUACAAGAAGGCGAGCUACUCGCCAUACCGUGACCGCAUCCCGCUGCAGGUGGUGCGCGCCGAGGCGGAGCUGUCAGCCGAGGAGCGCACCUACCUCACGGCCGUGGAGAAGGGCGACUACGCUGGUGUCAAGGUGGCCCUGGAGCAGGCCGACAUCUACUACAACAUCAACGUGAACUGCCUGGACCCUCUGGGGCGCAGUGCACUGCUCAUCGCCAUCGAGAACGAGAACCUGGAGGUGAUGGAGCUGUUGCUGAGUCACGGCGUGUACGUGGGUGAUGCACUGCUCUACGCUAUCCGCAAGGAGGUGGUGGGCGCCGUUGAGCUGCUGCUCUGCUACAGGAAACCCAGCGGCGAGAGGCAGAUGCCUUCUCUGAUGAUGGACACGCAGUUCUCCGAGUUCACCCCCGACAUCACGCCCAUCAUGCUGGCUGCCCAUACCAACAACUAUGAGAUCAUCAAGCUACUUGUCCAGCGCAGGGUCACCAUCCCACGGCCGCACCAGAUCCGCUGUGACUGCGUGGAGUGUGUCUCCAGCUCAGAGGUGGACAGCCUGCGGCACUCACGCUCCCGCCUCAACAUCUACAAGACCCUGGCCAGCCCAUCUCUCAUUGCUCUCUCCAGCGAGGACCCCAUCCUCACAGCGUUCCGGCUGGGUUGGGAGCUCAAGGAGCUCAGCAAGGUGGAGAACGAAUUCCGGCAGGAGUACGAGGAGCUGUCGCAGCAGUGCAAGCUAUUUGCCAAGGACCUGCUGGACCAGGCGCGCAGCUCGCGUGAGCUGGAGACCAUCCUCAAUCAUCGUGACGAUCACAGCGAGGAGCUGGACCCCCGCAAGUGCAGGGACCUGGCCAAGCUCAAGCUGGCUAUUAAGUACCACCAGAAGGAGUUUGUGGCUCAGCCCAACUGCCAGCAGCUCCUAGCCACGUUGUGGUAUGACGGAUUUCCCGGCUGGAGACGACGACACUGGGCAGUGAAGCUGGUCACGUGUUUCACCAUUGGCCUGCUGUUUCCCGUCUUCUCCAUCAUCUACCUGCUGGCACCGAAGAGCACACUUGGUCUCUUCAUUAAGAAGCCAUUCAUCAAAUUCAUCUGUCACACUGCCUCAUACCUUACCUUUCUCUUCUUCUUGCUACUGGCCUCUCAACACAUAGUGCAAACAGACCUGCAUGUACAAGGACCACCACCCACUAUCGUGGAGUGGAUGAUCCUACCUUGGGUCCUCGGCUUCAUUUGGGCUGAAAUCAAAGAGAUGUGGGAUGGAGGCUUUACAGAAUACGUCCAUGACUGGUGGAACCUCAUGGACUUUGCCAUGAACUCCCUCUACCUCGCCACCAUAUCCUUAAAAAUUGUGGCUUAUUUUAAGUACAACAGCUCACGUCCACGUGAGGAGUGGGAGAUGUGGCACCCGACGCUGAUCGCCGAGGCACUGUUUGCUGUGGCCAACAUCUUCAGUUCAUUGCGGCUCAUCUCACUGUUCACAGCCAACUCGCACCUGGGCCCUCUGCAGAUCUCGCUGGGCCGUAUGCUACUGGACAUCCUCAAGUUCCUCUUCAUCUACUGCCUGGUGCUUCUGGCCUUUGCUAAUGGCCUCAACCAGCUCUAUUUCUACUAUGAGACGGAGGCAGCCGACGAGCCCAACCACUGCAAGGGCAUCCGCUGUGAGAAGCAAAACAACGCCUUCUCCACGUUAUUCGAGACCCUCCAGUCUCUCUUCUGGUCUGUGUUCGGCCUACUCAACCUGUAUGUGACCAACGUGAAAGCCCGGCAUGAGUUUACCGAGUUCGUUGGUGCCACCAUGUUCGGCACGUACAACGUCAUCUCACUCGUGGUGCUGCUCAACAUGCUCAUCGCCAUGAUGAACAACUCCUACCAGCUCAUCGCGGACCAUGCUGACAUUGAAUGGAAAUUUGCUCGCACCAAGCUCUGGAUGAGCUACUUCGACGAGGGCGGGACACUGCCCCCGCCCUUCAACAUCGUGCCCAGCCCCAAGUCCGUGUGGUACUUGUGCGUGUGGAUCCAUGGCCGCCUCUGCUCCCAGGGUCCGCCAGAACCCAGUGAGCAGCAGAAGCACGAGAACCUCAAGGAGUUCACGGAGAGACAUGCUGACAACCUCAUUCAGAACCAGCACUAUCAGGAGGUGAUCCGGAAUCUAGUGAAACGCUAUGUGGCAGCCAUGAUCCGCAGAACCAAAACAGAUGAAGGGCUGACGGAAGAAAACUUCAAGGAACUCAAACAGGAUAUCUCCAGCUUCCGCUACGAGGUCCUGGACCUGCUGGGCAACCGUAAGCCAGCCCGGCGCACCACCUCAUCCAGCAGUGAGGCCACACAGCAGGAUGACGGGACGGAGACCGGGGAGGUGGAGGAGGAGGGCAGGACCAGCAUGGCGAAACGUGGAGCCAAGGCCCUCCGGCACAGCUCCGUCUCAUUCCUCCGGGCCAAUAGGAGCCUGGAGGGCCCGUUUGGUGUGGCAGCCCUGUUUCGCUCCAUGGCAGGGGCCGAGGAAGCAGCACUGGCUUCAGCCGCGUCCGAGGGGCGACCCAAGAGCAACGGCCUGCGGAAGAGCAGGUGGUCGCCAUCGUCGCUGGCCAGGGCUGGUCACCGGCUGCAGCGCUUCUCGCGCUCCAAGAAGGACUCGAUGCGGUGCCUGGGCUCGCUCUUCCACCGUAUGAAUGGCCACGUACCGGAGGUGCGCCCCAGGGGUCCUGCUGAGCGGCCUGACCAGCAAUGUCGGCGACAGGAGCCCGCCUACAGCAUCUCGGACGGAGUCCUGCGGCCACUGGAUCCCUGGCUGGACCCGCAGGACCGGAGAACAGGGAUUGGCACGCACCUGCAUGCAUUGGACAUGGCAGGGGGUCAGAGGGACCAGGGCCCCGCACAGGCUCUGUCACAGCAGGCCAAUGGCAGGGACAGCCUUGUGCUCAGGCCCCCCAGCCACCCCUCACUGCCUCCCCUGCACUGUGCUUCCAGCCUGACUGCCUCCAACUCCCGUCUACUCUCUUCAAACGACGAUCUCUGCCAGGGCUGGGUUGGACCCUGUGAUAGCCUGGCCUCCUCCUACUGGGAACAGGAAGAGUCUGUCACAACACAGCUCUAGAGUUCAAGAGCCUUUCAUUGGCUGUUCAAAUGUAGGCCAUGGUGACCAAGACAAUACUGCUGUGAACCUACUGGUCUAUACUGACCACAUAUUGCCAAUAGUGACAAUGGGCAACACUCAUACAUCGAGUAUAUUCAAUAUGCUUUUAUUACUGCAAACUAUAAUUAGCAAAUAAGUAGUCUUUCAAUACUUAGUACUCUAUCGGGAAUGUUAACAUUUAAGUUUUCUGCAAUAUGAGAGUGCAUUUUCAUUGAUACGAUGCAAUGCUGCUUUUUUAUUACACACAAGUACACAUUAAAUGGCAUAAAUUUUA